AUGGACAGUGUGGCGGGUGCGGUGUACACAGCGCUGGAGCUGCUGAUCGCCGUGAUGUGUUGCCUGGGCAACCUGCUGGCCAUCUGGGCGGUGCAGGCCAGUGGCUCCCUGCGGAAGCCCACCUUCUGCUUCAUGGCAUCGCUGGCAGUGGCGGACUUCCUGGUGGGCGCCGUGGCGAUCCCCGCAGCCGUGCUGGUGGACGGCCGGGUCAGGACCUCCUUCGACAGCUGUCUGUUCCUCAGCUGCGUGACGGUCCUGCUGAUGCAGGCCUCCAUCCUCAUGCUGCUGGUCAUCGCGGUGGAUCGCCACUUGUGCGUGCAGAUGCCCCUCAGAUACAAGCGCAGCUUCACGCAGAGGCGCUGCUGGGCCGUGGUCGGAGCGUGCUGGCUGCUCGCCUUCGCGUUCAGUUUCACGCCCAUGUUCGGCUGGUACAACCGCCAGACUCUGGCCAAGAUGGUGGUGGAGAACUCCACCACCAUCGUCUGCACGUUCGUGUCCGUCAUCCCCAUGACUUACCUGGUCUACUUCCAGUUCUUCGGGUGCACACUGCUCCCCCUGCUGGUGAUGUGUGCCCUCUACGUCCACGUCUUCCGCUCCAUCUCCAAGCGACUGCGGAGGAGCCAGGCCCCGGGUGCCGAAUCCCAUGCGUACUACGCCAAAGAGCGGAAGCUGGCCAAGUCCCUGCUGCUGGUCCUGGUCCUCUUCGCCAUCGGCUGGUUGCCGCUGAGCGUCAUGAACUGCGUGACGAUCUUCGGUGGAGACGUCCCUCUGGUCGCCCUCUACAUCGGGAUCCUCCUCACGCACGCCAACUCUGCCGUCAAUCCGGUCGUGUACGCCUUCAAGGUGCCGAAGAUCCGCAGUGCGUACCUGCGGGCCUGGAGGAAGUGCGCCCUCUGCUGGCAGCAGGGGGUAUCACAGAGCACCGAGAGCAAGGACAUCAGCACCAGAACCAAAUCCAUAGAAGACCUGACCAAGGAACAACAUUAUUCUGAAAGUAAUCUACACACAGUCUAACUGUGUGCUCAUAUUACCAUCAAUAAGCCAUUCUGCUUACUGUUAAUUAUCAGCAUAAUUCUGAAACGCUGGCUGGGAUUCAAUCAACAUUUGUCCUUAACCUUGACUAACAAAAUCAAGAGUUACCAAGAAUUUAUUUUUCUUCACAAGCACACUUCUUCAGUUUCGGAAUCUCUGAAACUAACUUGCCAAAAUGAAUUUGCAAAAAAAAAAUUUCAACAUUAGCAAUUCCUUGUGAGUCAAAGUUAAAUUGUUGAUUGAAUCCGUGUAAUUGAUGAGCAAAUGUCUGUUUAAAAAAAUUUUUUUUUUAGGAAUAUUAGUUCUAGCUUGUGCUAAAAGGCUAAUUAUAUAAUACUAUAUGAGAUAUGAGUGAAAUUAAAAGGCCUUUAUCAGUUCAAUUCCCCUUCUAACAUAUUAGCAUUAUAGCACAAUCUAACACAUUAGUAUCCCUUUCUGACAUACUGCCUUGUUUCCAGUCAUCAGAUAUUCCGGUCCUGGAGGGCCGCAGCAUCUGCAGGUUUAACUCCAGUCCUGGAGGGCCCCAGCGUCUACAGGGUUAACUCCAGUCCUGGAGGGCUGCAGCAUCUGCAGGUUUAACUCCAGUCCUGGAGGGCUGCAGCAUCUGCAGGUUUAACUCCAGUCCUGGAGGGCUGCAGCAUCUGCAGGUUUAACUCCAGUCCUGGAGGGCUGCAGCAUCUGCAGGUUUAACUCCAGUCCUGUAGGUGACCGGCAGACGCUGCGUAUAGAAUUCAAAUAUUUAAUCUUAAAACCUGAUAUAGAGCUUGUUUUGGCUUGCUGGGUGAUUCCACUAGUUUACUGUAGACUGACCUAUCAAUUACUUUGGCGAUUUUAUUGAUAAUUCUCAUUUCAACAAUAAUUCUUCAAUUAAAUAACAUAAAGUAUAUUUUAUAUGUAGGUUAAGUGAGGGGUUCUAGCACGCAAUAGCGCUAGUGUUCAGUAUUCAGAGUGCCGAACAUUUCAACAAGAGCAUUGACUGUUGGAACUGCUGGAUUCAGAAAAUAAACAUAUUUUUAAUUAA